AUCAUUUCUCUCUCUUCCUUGUUCGUCUUCUUCUUUCUCAAUUAGCUUUUUCUAUCUUCCUCCUCACGCGUGAGAUUCGUUGUGGAUAUAGUUCUUCUCCUUAAAUUAUCUGGUUCUUUCCAUGAUCCGAUUAUAAGGGUUUUCGCGGUUUCGUUUUUUAUAUAUCUGGCUCUGUAGUGGUUGUUUUCUUUCUGGAUCAAAGUUCUCUGAGAUCUCUGCGAUUUCUGGGAUUCGAAAUUCGAAAUUCGAGAAUUAGGGGUUUUUUACGGUUAUAGGGUUUCGAAGAGCAUAAGAUAAGAAUGCCUUCGGUGCCCUCAAAGCUUCUUCUCCUCUCUUUGAUUCCUUCGUUGACUCCUUAUCAUUCUGGAUUGAGUACUAAUCGUUUGAAACCUCUUGAAAAGUGUGAUUGGCGUGGUAAUCUUAGUUAACAUUUCGAUUCCUUCUUCUCUCUUCUCAUCUUUUUACCCUCUAUUCUCUCGUCCUCAUCUGGUUCUUGAGAUUUUCCGAGCUCGGACACACAAUCGUUGAUCCAUCUUUGGUGUUUUUACUUUUGGUGCUGCUCGAUUUGCAACCCAAAAAGUUACAACUAGUGUGACUACCUUCUGCUGUUAGUAGGAUAUGAGCUCUGUUUGUGGUAAGUUGGAUUUCAAAGAUGCAGACUUUGACAUCUCCACUUCGAGUGCCACGCAAUGUUCUAAAGGCUCGAAGAAUACCUCGUUUACUGGCUCUGAAGAUUCUCAGGAGUCUGAUGGAGAUGAAACUGGUUAUACAGACCCAACUGCGAAUGAAGAUACCGCUGAUCAGGAUUUCGGCAAAUCCACUUUAAGUCCUAACUCUUCAGAUGAUGAAGACAAGGAUGAGAAUCUUACGACUACACCAGUUGUUCUCAUCCCAGCCAUAAAAGGCAGUCGAGAGAAGCAUGGCUUGUCACUGAGGAAGUUGAGUGUUUCAUGGGCGGCUGAUGUGUAUGAUCCUCCUCCCUCGAUAGCCUCCCACACAAGAAGCAAGAAACAACUACAGAAAUCAAAGAGCAAAGACAAUCACAGGAAGACCGGAAAGAAAGGACAGAAGAGCAAAGACAACUCUUCCUCACGUGGUGGCAGCAGCAAAGACAAGAAGCAAGCUUCUCGCAAACACAGCCGCGAAAAAUUUGAAUGGGUAACUCAGAUGCCGUUAGUUGCAGCAUCUUCUUGAAUGGCAUUGGCUUCUUCUAAUAACCAAGCACAUCUACAAGCUUGGCAUCCUCUUGUGUAUUAAUUGAACAAAAAAAUUCUGUAUUGAGUUUGAGUUUGUGCAACUUUCCUUAUAGUUAAUGGAUGAUCCUUAACACUAUUUGUGACGAUCUUGUUGUUGUUUGUUGCUUUUGUGAUCAAUUAAUUGCACUAUUUUGCUUUUUGAA